UAUUUUAGGGCAGGGCGAGCGAGAUGGAGCACGAAGGAGUGGCGCCAUCGCCAGCGCCAGCAUUGUCGGUGAGGGCGCUGCAAUUCAGCUACCCAGGUCAGGCUCCCUUCGUCGCGGAUCUGUCGCUGGCGCUGCUUCCUGGGACGCGAUGCCUGCUCGUCGGAGCGAAUGGAGCGGGCAAGACGACUCUGCUGCGGAUUUUCGCUGGUAAGCACCUCGUCGGUGGGAAAGACGUUGUCCAGGUGCUCGGAAGAUCGGCAUUCCAUGAUACCGCGCUUACAUGCGAUGGAGAUCUUGCAUACCUCGGAGAGUCUUGGAAUCGUCCUAUCGGCUCAGCGGGUGAUGUGCCAUUGCAAGGGGAUUUUACAGCAGAACACAUGAUCUUUGGUGUCGAAGGAAUCGAUUCGGAUAGACGACAAAGAUUGAUAGAUCUUUUGGAUAUCAACCUGCAGUGGAAAAUGCAUAAAGUUUCCGACGGUCAGCGUCGCCGCGUGCAAAUUUGCAUGGGGCUUCUGCGACCUUAUAAGGUUCUCUUGCUGGACGAGAUCACUGUGGAUUUAGACGUGGUUGGAAGGAUGGACUUGCUGAGCUUUUUUAUAGAGGAAUGCACAGAGAGAGGGUGCACCAUUGUUUAUGCAACACACAUUUUUGACGGAUUGGAGGCCUGGGCAACACACCUGGCCUAUGUGGUUGAUGGAAAACUUGAGCGGUUUACCAUGGCUUCUGACCUUCUUAGUACUGGCGAUUCCGUUACGAGCCUUCUAAAUAUUAUCGAGCCAUGGCUCAGAGACGAGAGGAAGGUUAGAGAGUCUCGGCCGAAAUCCUCUCUGCCAGUUCAAGCCUCACCUUGGGCUUCUAGUCGUCAUAUGGCUUAUUAUCGCUGAACCUUGAAUCUAAUGAGCUCUUCUGUUUUAACACUUA